UCUGCAGAUAAAGAUGGCGGUGCGGAAGAAAGACGGCGGCCCGAACGUAAAAUAUUUCGAAGCGUCUGAUACAGUCUCGCAGUUCGACAAUGUCCGCGUUUGGUUGGGCAAGAAUUAUAAAAAGUACAUCCAGGCGGAGCCCCCCACCAACAAGUCUCUGUCCAGCCUGGUGGUCCAGCUGCUGCAGUUUCAGGAGGAGGUGUUCGGACGACAUGUCAGCAACCCACCUCUCACCAGGUUGCCGAUGAAGAGUUUCCUGGACUUUAAGUCUGGUGGGGCUCUCUGCCACAUUCUGGCUGCAGCCUACAAGUUCAAGAGCGAUCAGGGCUGGCGCAGGUUUGACUUUCAGAAUCCUUCUCGGAUGGACCGCAAUGUGGAGAUGUUCAUGACUAUCGAGAAAUCUCUAGUACAGAACAACUGUCUGAGUCGACCAGUGAUCUACCUGAGCUCUGACAUUGAGGCCAAGCUACUGGGGAAACUGAAGGACAUCAUCAAGAGGCACCAGGGCUCAGUGACUGAAGACAAGACGUCCAGCUCCCAUGUGGUGGUUCCCAUCCCUGCCAGUCUGGAGGAGGAGGAGUGGGUGCGUCUGGUAAUGAAGAGAGACAAGCAGGUGCUGCUCCACUGGGGAUACUAUCCUGACAGCUAUGACACCUGGAUCUCAGCCAGUGAGGUGGAGGCUGCUGUGGAAGAAGCGCCCAGCCCAGAGAAACCCAGGAAGGUCCAUGCCAAGUGGAUCCUAGACCUUGACCAGUUUAAUGAGUGGAUGAAUGAGGAGGACUAUGAGGUGGGGGAGGGGGGCCCCAAGAGGAAGAGAAUCUCAGCCAAGACCCUAACGGAUGAGGUCACCACCCCAGGGGACGAGCGUCGUGACAAGAAGCCCGGCAGUGCCAAGAAGAGGAAGCGCUCGCCCUCCCCCUCGCCCACCCCACCACCCCAGGAGAGCAAGAAGAAGAACACAAAGAAAGGGUGUGGGCCCACCACCCCGUACACUAAGUCUAAGCGAGGCCAGAGAGAGGAGGAGCCGGAGGAUCUGACUAAAGAUCUGGAUGAACCAUCACCUGUACCUGCAGUGGAGGAGGUCACCCUACCUAAGACAGCCAACACUAAGAAAGACUCUGAGUCAACACCAGUAAAGGGAGGUACCAUGACAGACCUGGAUGAGCAAGAGGAUGAAUCCAUGGAAACUGCAGGAAAGGAGGAGGAGGAGGGCUCUCCGAGUGUGAAGGGAGAGCCGGUGAAAGGGUCGGACCUUCAUGAGGACAACGUGACCGAGCAGACCCACCACAUCAUUAUCCCCAGCUAUGCUGCCUGGUUCGACUACAACAGUGUCCAUGCUAUCGAGCGUAGAGCCCUCCCAGAGUUUUUCAACGGCAAGAACAAAUCCAAAACCCCUGAGAUUUACCUGGCCUAUAGGAACUUCAUGAUAGACACUUACAGGCUGAACCCGCAGGAGUACCUUACCUCUACCGCCUGUCGUAGGAACCUGGCCGGAGACGUGUGCGCAAUCAUGAGGGUGCAUGCGUUCCUGGAGCAGUGGGGUCUGAUCAACUACCAGGUGGACUCAGAGAGCCGUCCCACCCCCAUGGGCCCCCCGCCCACCUCCCACUUCCACGUCCUGGCUGACACCCCCUCCAGCCUGGUGCCCCUGCAGCCCAAGGCCUCCCAGACUCCGGCGGCCCAGCAGAUUCUGUCCUUCCCAGACAAGGUGAAGGAGAAGCAGCCAGCCGACCUGCAGAACUUUGGCCUGAGGACAGACAUGUACAGCAAGAAGACUGGGCCUCCUAAGAGUAAGACUGCUGCCAGCGCCAUGCGAGACUGGACCGAACAGGAGACACUACUGCUGCUAGAGGGUCUAGAGAUGUACAAGGAUGACUGGAACAAGGUGUCGGAGCACGUGGGCUCACGUACCCAGGACGAGUGUAUCCUGCACUUCCUGCGUCUGCCCAUCGAGGACCCAUACCUGGAGGACACGUCCUCCUCCCUGGGCCCCCUGGCCUACCAGCCCGUCCCCUUCAGCCAGGCAGGCAACCCCGUCAUGAGCACCGUGGCCUUCCUGGCCUCCGUGGUGGACCCCCGCGUGGCCUCCGCAGCCGCCAAAUCUGCCCUGGAGGAGUUUUCCCGUAUGAAGGAGGAGGUCCCAGCAGCACUGGUGGAGGCCCAUGUGAGGAGGGUGGAAGAGGCGGCGCGGACCAGUGGCAGACAGGACCCCCUCUACGGCCUGGAAGGCAGCGGCAUCGCAGGCACCAGCCUGGAGGAGGGAGAAAAACCUGAAGAGAGCAGUGAGGAGAGUAAAAGUGACAGCCAAUCCAGUGAAGAGAAGAGGGAGACCAAGGAGAACAAAGAGGGAGCCAUGGAAGAGGGGGAGAAGCAAGGAGAAAACGGGAAGAAGGAGGAGGAGAGAGGAAGAGAGGGAGAAGGAGAGGGAGAGCAAGAGGCUGAGAAGACCGACUCGGAGAUGGGUGAUGGAGAGAAGGAUAAGGAAGGGAAGGAGGGCUCGGAGGAGAGCCAGAGAGAAGGAGAGAGUGAGGGAGAGAGGAAGGCUAAGGUGGAGCGGGAUGUGGGAGAGGGGAACUUGGCUACCGCUGCUGCCUCUGCCCUGGCUGCUGCUGCCGUCAAAGCCAAGCACCUGGCUGCUGUGGAGGAGAGGAAGAUCAAGUCUCUGGUGGCUCUGCUGGUGGAGACUCAGAUGAAGAAGCUGGAGAUCAAACUUAGACACUUUGAAGAGCUGGAGACCAUCAUGGACCGAGAGAGGGAGGCGUUGGAGUACCAGAGGCAGCAGCUGCUGGCAGACCGUCAGUCGUUCCACAUGGAGCAGCUGAAAUAUGCAGAGAUGAGGGCGCGUCAGCAGCACUUCCAACAGAUCCAGCAGCACAGCCAGACUGGAGGCCCACACUCCGCCCCGGCCCCCACUGGCCCCCCACCCCCACCCCAGGGCCCCUCAGCCACCCAGUCCCAGCCAACCCUCAGUACCCCUGCACCACAGCCAGCUCCCAGCCCAGCACCCCCUACCACCUCCAUCCCUUCUUCUGCCCAGCCUGCUGAGGCCCAGCCGCCCCCCAGUGGUCCUCACACCUCACCUCCCCGCCCGCCAGGCCAGCCCCCCACGGCCCACUCCAGCACCACCCCAACACUCCACGAGCCUAGUGCCCCUCUACCUGAGGAUACACACCACUCCUCAGCCCCAGUUCCCCCUCCACAGUGAAAAGAGAGAGGGAAGAAGAGAGUGAGAGAAAGGGUCCUGGCAAACUGAAUGACAUUGACCACUUUGUACCUAUGAAUCCUGCCUGUUUAAUCUAAAAAUGAAGAAGUCAAACUGAAGGACAUAUAACAAACUUUGAUCAUGUUUAACAUUUUGAACGAUUUACAUGAGAAAGAAAAGCAAAACAAAAACAUUUCACUGAAGUCUACCUUACCUUACCAGAGUGAAUAUAAAGAUCCCCCUCAACUAAACAAGAAAAUACCAAUGAAGAACUUUAUCGGUUUUCAAACUAACAGUCCCCCAGGCAUUUUUUCAGACAUAAGUUGCCUAAUGACUUUCACCUUUCACAUCAGAGCCCAAGGUUAAACCAAGAGAGUAUGGUCAUGUAAAUACACCACUUGACCUGAGGAUAUGAAGAGAACUAAAAGGCUCUUGUCUGAGCAGUCCUUUGACCAGUGGUGCUUUGGUGCUUUCGUUUCCUGUUAUAGUUUACUGUAGUCAGAUGUCCUACCAUGUUCCCAGAGGUACCUACCUACCUAUUCACCCACGGUACCCCUGGUAGGAAUUUAUAAAAGAGAAAAAAAAGAUUUGCACUUUGAAAAGAUGUUUCCCCGGUGGCCAUAUCUAGAGACAUGAAGCAUUAUUAAUGGCUCUAUUCAAUAGGCGUUGCAGAAGUUCAGCAUUACUGCGUGAUUUAAAUGUAAAGGCAAUGUUAGGGGAGACUGCAAUCACAGUAAACACUGCAUAUGUCAGCUCAAUCUGGAAAUGACCUUUACAUUGCUAUUGCGCAAUCUGUAACACUUCAGCAAUACAGAUUGAAUAGAGCCCUAACUCAAUUGACCUGAAGCACUUAGCUGCUCUCUUGUUUUGAACUUUUACUACGACGUCAUAGUUUCCAAAUAUGAGAUUCUCAGUUCUAGGUCACCUUAUUUCAUUGGUUUGGCUGCUUGUUGCCCUAUGUGUGUGAAUGUGCUGUUAUAGAGCAUUGGGGUUGGUCUGUUGGUUAGAUGUAUCGUAAACUGAAACAAAGUAUGUGUUAGGGAAAUGAAAAAGGAUGAACGAAUGGUAUUACUCUUUUGUAAUGAUAUGUAUUCCACGUGGAAACCGUCUCAUCUUGCCCUACUGCCAUUUGUUAUUAAGACUAUGUACUGUAAACUGGAUUUUCUGUUACGAAUGUUUCAUUCCAAUUGGAACAGAAAAUCCCUCCAUGACUGAGCAUUAGAAACCACUUGAAGUAUUGAUGAAGGGCCACACCCCCAGAGUCAGUGUCCUCUAGGACACAAUGUCCUAAAAGGCCUUAUUUGAACUCUAUUUUGGGCUCAAUUCAAUCCAUAUAGCAAAAGUUUAGCGUUACAGUGUGAUUGAAAUGUAAAGGCAAUUUUAGCGGAGACCGCAUUCACAGUAAACACUGCAUAUGUCAGCUCAAUCAGAAAUUACCUUUACAUUGCUAUCGCACAAUCUGUAACACUUCAGCAAUACAGAUUGAACAGAGCCCUUUGUUUUUUAAGUUUAACAUCUGAAGCACUUCUGAAACAGUUGCACAUGCUCAGAGCAGAGCAUAAUCAUAAGCCUAGCAGUAACUGCACAAAUAAGAUGGUGUUUGUCAGUAUGUCCAGUAUGGCUAGUCAGUAUCAGUGAAUCAUACCAUUGUAGAGAUUAUACUCUAAAACAAUGACUGGAUAUAGCUCCGGAAGAACCUUAUUGGCAACUUCAAAGAUAGCAGGUAUCACCAUCACAACUCUGUUCAUUUUUUUUAGGUUUGUAAUUUUCUCCAUAUGAGUUUGUGGGAUGUGGACAUUUGGAAAUCCACUGAUUUUUAUAGUUUGUUUUGUGUUUUCCAAUAACCUGUCCAACUCGCAUGAAGCUGUUAGAAUGUGAUGGAAGUGGCUUUAAUGUUACAAAAUAACUUUCUAAAUCAAGGAAUCUGAGAAGUCAGUUCAGCUUACAGAGGAGAAUUUUGUCCUUUAAUAUCUGUAAACAAUAUCUUCUCUAUGUAUCCUAUCUAUUUUUAUAAUAUUUGAAUGUCAGGUUUUCCAUUUUUGUUUCUUUGAAAUUAUUGUUUGCAUUUUAUUGCUGUAUUUUAUUAUCUAUGUAACCUCUAAUCCCCUCCCUCAUUGUCAUGUGCGCGAUCCUGAUAGGCCUCCAUGACCUUUCAAUCAGUGUGACUGUGAGCAUGGGUGUGUUUUCCCCACUGUUCCUUCAGUUCAGUUCCAUCUAACCCCCUUGUGCCAUUGUUUUUGAAUUGUUACAAAGGCUGAGGAAUUGGGAUGCUCAUUGUUCUCAUACAGAAGUAGAAAAUGAUGACACAGCAACACAUUACACAAACCCUCUCCUCUGACAGUGUCGUACAUAUACUCUGAUAAUACAACUUGUGUCCAGAUAGCCAGUGUUAGAAACUUCACUACAGUCGUGACCAUGGAUGGACCGCUUUGGUCUCUGUUAUUGCAUUGUGUGGAUUUCGUGAUAUGAAAUACGUGUGUAUGUUCAGUUUCUUGUUUCUGUUUGUUUUUCAUGAUUGCUAAUGAUAGCAAUGAUUGCAUUGAUUAUACAGUAGAAAUGAACCUUUCCUCAGUCAAACUCUUGCCAAAUGAGUGUCAACAGUUGCUCUGCCGUUCGUAUUGAAUUAAAAUAUAUAUAUAUAUGCGAAGGUUUUACUUAAUUUUGGGGGGGGGAAGUCAAAUAAAUGAAGAUGACGUGA